AUGAUCGAUACGAGGGCAAGGAAGAGCUCCGAGGUGAUUGCUGGCGGAACGGCUGUCUUGGCCGUCGGUUCGAUCGUCGACGGGUUCAACAAUCUUCGUACGAUCCCAAAGAUGGCAGCGACAUUGAGACGCGUGAGCAACAUCGGUCGAUCACCGCACAGGCCUUCGAUGAACUUGGCCAUGAAUAGGUACGUCCGAGCGAUCGCCUCCCCGUCCGAGGAGGUAGAAGUCAAGGUGAGGUUCAUCAGCAAGGUCGGGAAGACCUGCAAGAGGUUCGAAAGACAGCCGGAGCUGAUCUUGGUUGAUCCUUCAGGUCCGUCUCUGAGUAAAACGAGAGCGACAUGUAGCGUCGCCUCGAUCGUCCGAGAUCCAGGCCGUGUUGCACACUCGGUGGCAAGGGCCGCGACGCUGGAGCUGA